AUGGCGGCAUACUUCCCGGUGAUGAUGAGCCGGCAAGCACAGAACUGGCUCGAGUCUCUUCCUGCCGGCUCGAUCAAUAGCUGGCAGGACCUCUGCAUCACCUUCGUCCAAUACUACCAAGCAGCCUGCCCGGGCCCCAAAACCAGAUGGGAUCUGGGCAGCAUUACGCAACGACCCUCCGAGUCCCUGCGUGACUACAUCAAAAGGUACUUUGCUAACCGUAAUACAAUUACGGAAGUCGAUGAUAGGGACGUGAUCUACCACUUCCACCAAGGCCUCCAUAGCGUCGAACUAUGGAGAAAGAUGUUUGAGUCCAACCCCAAGACCGUCUCCGACAUGAUGGCCAUCGUCAACAAGCACGCCGACAUGGAGGACGCCGAGCGCGCACAACGCCGCCACAUGGAUCGCCGCGAGCCUGUCGAUCGUCCUCACCAAAGGGACGACGAUCCGGCUCGCCCAAGAGGAGAUCGUCCACCACGUCACAGCAAGGACCGCGACCGCGCCGAGUCAUCCAAGGCCCACGACCGCAAGCGUGGCCCCGACAACACUGUCGUUGUUGCUGAACGGCCUCAGCAGCUUACCCCCCUCGAUCAGGAGGAGCUCGAUAGGCUCCUCGACUCCAAGUGCCCCUGGCACAAAGACACCAACCACACCGCGCGAGAAUGUCACGCCCUCUCCAACUGCGUCGCUCCAGUGGAACCCAAGCGGCCCAGGCUCGAUGACUGCGAAAGGCCGGGUAGCUCCAGAAGCUCCCGUGGCCAUGGCCGCAGGAACCGCUUGCCCAGGCGAGACGAGGAGGACCAGCAGGGCAACCGGUCACCCGGCACCUUCCAGGAGGAGCAAUGGGUGGUUAAUAUCAUCUUCGGAGGCUCCAGCACCCCGUCCUGCAAGCGUAGCAUCAAGCUGCACAAUCGCGACGUCAACUCGGUGUUCAGGCACCCGGUUGAGCCUCUUUGCUGGUCAGAGAUCCCAAUUACCUUCGACCGGGUACUCAUCGACGGGGGCAGCGCCCUCAAUAUCAUCUUCGCUAAAACUCUGGAGGACAUGGGCUUCGACAUGACUAAGCUGGUUCCUUCAGACCAGGCCUUCUAUGGCAUCAUCCCGGGUGCGGGCUCAACUCCGGUUGGCAAGGUCACCCUCCCCAUCACCUUCGGCACCCGGGACAACUACCACACGGAGUCCAUCAUUUUUUAG